AAGCGCGGAGGGCGGGCGAUCGUGAGGACCGCGAUGGCGGCGGCGGCCGGCGAGGAGCAGGAGAUGCUCGCGCAGAGGCUGAAGGCGGCGGUUCACUACACAGUCGGGUGCCUGUGCGAGGAGGUGGAGGAGGACAAGGACGUGCAGUUCAGCAAACAGAUCGUCGCGGCCAUCUCGGACAUCGCGUUCCGGCAGUGCGAAAUCUUUGCAAAAGACCUAGAGAUGUUUGCAAGGCAUGCAAAACGAACCACAGUCACUGCAGAAGAUGUGAAGCUUUUGGCUAGAAGAAGUAAUUCUUUGCUAAAAUAUAUCACUCAGAAGAGUGAAGAACUUGCAUCAAGUAACAUGGAGCAGAAGGAGAAGAAGAAAAAGAAGUCCAGCACAUCUAAGAGAGAGAGAACUCCUGAGGAACAAGAAGCAUCUGUGACUGAAAAUGAAGAUUCCAAUAUGGCAUAAUUUAUCCUUCAAGUAAUAUUUCAGGUCAUUUUCUCUUACUAGCCUAGAGAAACCAGAAUUAGCCUAUUCAUCUUGCAGAUUAGCUCCAGGAAUGAAUCUUUAGGUUGUCAGAUGAAUGCAAUUGGAAUUUUAUUGUUCCAAAAAUGAAAAGUCUGCCAGAAUUCAGUAAGCUUACAGCCAAAAUGCCUUAAUUGCUCACAAAAGGUAUCUGUUAUUAAAAUCAAAAUACUUUAAAUAAAGAGUUUGA